GAGCGCUUGGAGAAGCUGUGUUAAAAGUCAGCGUCGUCUGUGUUUUUCAAUUCUCUUCUGUGUGUAUUUGGAGAAAGGAACAGUCAGUUUUCAACCUCCGAAACCUGUUCAUUUGCUUUUUCUUGCCCCUUAGUAGCCACAAUAAAUCUCAUUUCCUCUUCAUCCAAAAACAUCUAUCAAAAAAUCCUAGAUUUCCAAAACAUGCCACUCUUAAUUUCCUGCUGCUUGAAGAAUUUUCACUAAGGAAAAAGCAUGUGCAACAUCCUUCACCCAAUUAUGGACAACUAUCAAGGUGAUUUGAGUGACAUAAUUCGUGCUAGUGGUGCAUCAUAUGGCAGUUGCAGCAUGGGAACUUCAUCAUCCAAAGCUUGUGCUCCUUUCUCUCUCGAUCACUGGCAGUUCUCUUCCGUUUUGGAAGGGUUUGAUGGCAACUUUGGUGAUCCAUUCUCAAACACGAGAGAUCCCUUUCUACACCAGCUUGAAUUGCCUGCUUGCUUUAACAGCGCAACAAGUUCUGCAGAAAUUAGCAGUUCUGGGGCAUUGGAAGAAGCAACUUUUUUUGGUGGUGGGGUUGCUGCUAGUACUAGUAGUAGUAGAAACAGCUGUGUUUUGAAAGAAACGAUUUUUGAGGAUGAUGGCACGAGAAGGCCUUGUAAUAGCAUAUUGGCAAACAUGACUCAGAUCUCUCCCCCCAAUGAUAAGUUACCCAUGUCGCCAUUGGUGGAAUCUUUGUCAAGGGCACUCAAGCCUUCUGGUGUGGUUUUUGGUGAUACCAUGAUUAAUGUGAAGACUUCUGAAGAUGAUUGCUUGGUGGGUAACAACAACACAAAAGAAAUGCAGAUCUCACCUCCACAGAAUCCAUGUCUUAAGAGAAGGAAGAGUCUGGCAAAGAAAUCUAUUUGUGUUCCUGCACCAGCUGCACCAAAUAGCAGACAAAGUGGCGAGGUAGUCCCUUCUGAUCUCUGGGCUUGGAGAAAAUAUGGUCAGAAACCCAUUAAAGGUUCUCCAUAUCCAAGGGGUUACUAUAGAUGCAGCAGCUCAAAGGGUUGUCCUGCAAGAAAACAAGUUGAGAGAAGCAGAACAGAUCCAAACCUGUUGGUCAUUACUUACACGUCAGAGCACAACCAUCCAUGGCCAACUCACAGAAAUUCUCUCGCUGGUUCUUCUCGAUCCCAACCUUCAUCCAAGGGCAACAACUUUGGUGCUUCAAAAAAUGCAGAAACCAGUCCCCAAAACGAUGAAGAGCAGCAGGAGGAGAGCAACAGUGACAGCAAUAAUGUGAAUAACAGUGCAUGUGUUCAGGAAGAUGGAGAUUUCAGUGACAUUGGACUCCCUUAUAAGCCAAUAUCCAAUAUUAAGAGCUACCAACAACAACAACUUGAUCAGGGUUUGUUUGCAGAGUUUGCAGAAAUAGAAAAAGCUCAGUCACUAAACCUAAUGUCUCCACCACAAGGUCUUGAUGAUCACCAAAUGAAAUCCAACGCUUUAGAUUCAUUCCAUAUCUUUGACUGGAGCGCUGAUAACACCACCGAUUUCCACCUCAUUUGAAGCAUCUAAUUGGAGAAGGUUAUAU